AUGGCCUCACUACGACUGGAUCAGAUUGAAGAAGCCAAUUCCCUUGAGCAAAUCAUGGGAAUGAACCAAAUAUCCGCGAAGCUCGGUACUGCUAGUGGGCAGCCACCUACCGAAUCCGUGAACCAUAUUUCACUCUGCAGAGAUGACGAGCUUCACCAACCUGAGAUCGGGGGUCAAGAACAAUACGCAAACCCCGAAAUAGGAAACUUUCCAGCGAUUGCAAUCUGUGGCAUGGCCCUCCGACUACCGGGUGGUGUAAGUUCACCUGACGAGUUUUGGAAAUUCUUGAUUGAGAAGCGAAAUGGACUGUGUGAGGUUCCAGAAAAUCGGUACAAUAUAGAGUCAUUCUACAAUGAAUCCAAGCCUCAUUCUGUCAGAACGCGACGAGGUUAUUUCCUCCAAGAAGACCCUGCAUGCUUUGAUACAGACUUCUUUUCCAUCACGCCAGCAGAGGCCGCGCGAAUGGACCCCCAGCAGCGACAGCUACUUGAAAUUGUGUGGGAAUGUCUCGAGAGUGCUGGAGAAACGAAAUGGCGAGGCAAGGAGGUUGGCUGCUUUGUUGGAGUAUAUGGAGAAGACUGGCUGGACUUGGCCAGCAAGGAUCCCCAAAACGUGGAUCGUUAUCAUGUCCUCGGAACUGGCCAAUUUGCACUGUCCAAUCGAGUUUCAUACGAAUAUGACUUCCAGGGUCCGAGCAUGACCCUGCAGACCGGAUGUUCGUCAUCCCUGGUUGGCCUCCACGAAGCCUGUCAGGCACUGUACUCGGGGGAGUGCUCAUCGGCCAUCGUUGCAGGUACCAAUCUCAUUUUUGCUCCCACCAUGACAACGACAAUGUCUGAGAACAUGGUUUUGUCUCCGAGUGGCAUGUGUAGGACAUUCGAUGCGAAGGCCGACGGCUAUGGCCGAGGGGAAGCAAUUAAUGCAAUUUAUAUCAAACGACUCGACGAUGCAAUCAGAAGUAACGAUCCGAUCCGAGCGGUUAUUCGAGCUACGUCAACAAAUUGCGACGGUAAAACCCCAAGCAUCACUACGCCGGGAUCGUUAUCUCAGGAGCGCCUGGUCAGAAAAGCGUACAAGAAAGCGCGCAUUGAAAACAUCUCACUGACGGCGUUUUUCGAAUGUCAUGGUACGGGAACGACUAUCGGUGACACAGCCGAAACCUCUGUCGUUGCAAAAUUGUUCAAAAACAAUGGAACAGUGAUUGGAUCAGUAAAACCAAAUGUGGGCCAUUCCGAAGGCGCCUCGGGCAUAACCUCAGUCAUCAAAACUGUGCUCGCGUUAGAAACCAAACAAAUACCUCCGAACAUCUUCUUUGACACUCCAAAUCCGAAAAUUCCGUUUGACGAGGCCAAGCUUGAAGUCCCGACAUCAGUUCUGCCAUGGCCAACAGAUCGUUUGCAGAGGGCAAGUGUCAAUUGUUUUGGGAUUGGUGGAGCAAACGCUCAUGUCGUCCUGGACUCCAAAGAGAGCUAUUUUGAAAGCCACAGACGAAAUCAUAGUGCGAAAAUUUCGCAGCCCGAGGGCGCGCGCCUUCUUGUUGUAUCUGCGAAAUGUGCCGAAUCUCUUCAGCAACGAAUUAAAGACAUAUCUCACUAUGCCAACGACAACCCCGAUACCCUUCAUGAUCUAGCUUAUACACUUAGUGUACGACGUGAGCAUUUACUGCAUCGGGCAUUUGCUGUGGCAUCACCCGGCAAGCCAGUUGACCCAGGCUCUUUCCAAAAAGGCCAAAAAACAUCCACGAAGCUCACAUUUGUCUUCACUGGCCAAGGGGCUCAAUGGGCGGGAAUGGGCAAGGAUCUAAUUGAGACUUUUAAGUCUUUCCGCGAAGAUAUUGAAAAGCUGGACAGCUCGUUGCAAGAACUGGAGAAUCCUCCUUCGUGGAGCCUACAGGAGGAGCUCAUGAACCCGAACUGCCGCGUCAAUAAGUCCACUCUAUCUCAGCCUCUGUGCACAGCUCUGCAAAUCGGACUUGUUAACCUGCUUCGAAGCAUGGGGGUUCAACCGGACUCCGUUGUUGGUCAUUCCAGCGGUGAGAUUACUGCAGCAUAUGCAGCCGGGGCGAUAACCGCAAAAUCCGCAAUGGCGGUUGCCUACUACCGUGGAAUCGCAACCGAAUCAAUGGAUGGCAAGGGUGCGAUGUUAGCUGUCGGUGUCGGACGCAGCGAGAUCACCCCUUAUCUCAGUGAUUCUGUCGUUGUUGCCUGCGAAAACAGCCCCCAAAGCGUGACACUGUCCGGGGAUAUUGAUGCCAUUCAUGAAAUCAGUGGACGGAUAAAAGAAGACCUACCGGAGACACUGUGCCGGCUACUCCGUGUCAAGACUGCCUAUCACUCGCACCAUAUGCUCGAUCCAGGGAAGAUAUAUGAAAAUCAGAUCGCCGGCUACAUUGAACUGCAGACGGAAAUGCUACCCUUUUUCUCAUCUGUGACCUCGGAAACCAUAAGCAGCCCGAGUCAACUGGGUGCUUCAUACUGGCGACGAAAUUUGCAGUCCCCGGUUCUCUUCAACGAUGCGAUCAGAUUGAUACUCGAUGGAUCCAAUUCCAGGCACAGCUUUGUUGAGAUUGGACCACACUCUGCCUUAGCUGGUCCACUCCGGCAAAUCUUCAAAUCGUUAUCUUUGAAAACAGAUCCUGUUUACAUUCCAACAAUGAUUCGCCACGCUGAAGACUCAAGGUCUCAAAUUCUUCACACAAUUGGGUGCAAUCACCUAUGCGGCAUGGAUGUUAAAUGGGACGUUGUCAGCGGGGUUGGGGAGACACUUUCCAGUUUGCCUUCGUAUGCAUGGCAGCACCCGACACGCCACUGGCAUGAAAGCCGCCUCGCAACUGCAUGGAGGCAGAGAAAAUCAGCACACCAUGAAAUCCUGGGUGCCAGGAUAGCAGAAUCCUCGGACCUUGAGCCUUCGUGGAGAAAUAUUCUUCAUCUCGAAGAUGUGCCCUGGAUAUGGGAUCAUGUUCUGCAAGGGAACGUGGUUUUUCCGGCAGCAGCGUACGUUGCGAUGGCAGGAGAAGCAGUACGGCAACUGCACGCUGACGUGGAAGAUUACUCCAUCAAGAAUCUCGUGUUGAAAUCCCCACUUCUGUUGAAGGAUGAUCAGGCUACUGAAAUUAUUACCAGUUUCAGGCCUGUGAAAGUUACAGACCUUGUCGACUCGGACUGGUACAAUUUCACCAUAACGGCGCAUGACGGUGUUGGUUGGACGAAGCAGUGCCAAGGACAAGUCCGGCCUCAUUUCGAUUAUGCCCCGUCCCCUAAGGAUAUCAAGAAGCGAAUUCGGUCUGUUGAAACCCAACAGUGGUACCGGGCGCUAGACAAGCGUGGCCUGAACUAUGGACAGUCUUUCCGAGGGCUAGAUUCAAUCGCCGCCGAUCCAGUGAAACUGGAAGCAGAUGCGAUUGUCACAAACAAAAUUGAAAAUUGCUCAAGCAGAUAUGCCCUCCAUCCAACUGUCAUCGAUCAAUGCCUGCAGCUCAUGAGUGUUGCUCUGACAAAUGGUGUCUCACGCCGGAUCGAUCGACUUGCUAUACCUGCGGCAAUAGGACAGCUUUACGUUGCAGGUAACGCAACAGAGAUGCCACUCGAGAGCCAGAUGACCCACAGCUCAAUCGGUUCGUUGCUUGGAAGCUCAACCUUGAGGGCAAACGAUGGAAAGCUUCUGUUAUCUCUUGACCAAGCUGCAUUUUUCAGUGUGCAAGAUCAGAUUGCAAAGGACCCCAUUCCGUUGAUGUCUCAAAUAAAGUGGUCUCCCGCGAUCGACUUGACUCCACCUGAGCUUUGGGUUACUAAGCCCCAUGCAGCUGGAGAGGUUCUUGAAAUGUCAAAGGAUGCUGCACGAAUCGCUCUCCUAUACGUCCUCGAGACAGCUGAGAAAAUUGAUUAUUCAACUUCAAACGAGCCGCACAUGAUCCGAUACAGAGACUGGAUAGCUACCACGGCCUCCAGGGUACGAACUGGAUACUACCACAACUGUCCCGAGUGGUUAGAACUGGUAGCGUUGAGUUCUGAGGCUAGACAGUCCAAGAUUCUUGAAAUUUGUGCGACAUGGGACCACAAGGAUGGCUUCUCCGGCUUGUCUGCAGCUUCCCAGGCUGUUUUUGAGAAUUAUUCGGAGUUUGUACCUGGCAAAAGAUCUGCGCUGGAUGUCCUGAUGGAUGAUAACAGGCUGGAGAGGCUGUAUGCAGGUAUCGGCACUACAAAUUUUUGGGAAUACCCUCUGCAACUUCUCGGACAUGCAAACCCACGAAUGCGCAUCCUCGAGAUCGGCGCUGGAACCGGAGCUGCCACAAAACAAGUGUUGCAAAAUCUCAAAACACCCGAGGGUGUACGUUUGUAUUCCAAAUAUGUUUUCACGGAUAUUUCACCGGGCUUCACGGUUGCGGCUCAGGAGAAGUUUAAUGCCGAUCAUCAACUUGAAUUCAUGGUUCUUGACAUCUCUCGCGACCCCGAAGAGCAAGGAUUUGAGCCACAUACAUUUGAUCUUGUUAUUGCCUCAAAUGUUCUUCAUGCGACUCCGGUGCUCAGAGACACUCUCCAGAACGUGAAUAAAUUACUUUCGCCCAAUGGAAAACUGCUUCUGAACGAGCUGAAUCCUGAGAGUUUGAUCAUUGACUAUACCAUGGGUGUUCUCCCCGGAUGGUGGAUUGGUAAAGACGACAAUCGACAUGACAGACCUUAUAUUUCACCCGACAGGUGGGAUUCUGAGCUACGAGCAGCUGGAUUCACAGGAAGCGACGCAUACAGCUACGAUAUCGAGCCACCAUUUCAGUUCAGCUUCAACAUGCUAUCUAGUGUUUCUACACAGUCGAACGCUCAGGGGAUUGUCCUUGUAGGAGACAGCACCAGCUGCUUCUGGGCCAGUGAGGUUGAAGCUAAAUUUCUUGAAGAAGGCUACGACGUAUCCUGGAGUACACUAGACGAAGAACCUCCCCGUGGAAAAGGAAUUGUCUUCAUGCUUGACCUGGACGGCCCCUUUCUGUAUGAUCUCAAGGAGGACGGAUUUUUGCGACUGCAACACUACAUUCUCAAUGCCAAAUGUCGGAGCAUCUGGGUCACUCGUUCCGCACAGUUUAGCUGCAAAGAUCCGCGCUAUGGACUAAUCUUCGGGUUUGCUCGAACGCUCAGAAAGGAGAUCGGCAUCGAUUUGUCCAUUUUCGAGACAGAUGUAUUUGACCGGGCUGCGGCCGCCUCACUAUGCAAAGUCCUCGAAAAAAUUCAUACAUCUCGAACAGCGGAUGACAUGGACCCUGAGUACGAAUUCUCUUAUCAUAACGAGGCCGUUCAUGUUGGGAGAUGCCAAUGGGCUGCUCCCAAUAAGACCCAAGACAGUCUGGUGGAUUCCAGUGAGGACAGGGUGAUAAAGCUUGAUAUCAGCACGUACGGUAUCCUUGAUACUCUGCAGUGGUGUGCUAUCCCAUUGCCUGACCUCCGAGAUGAUGAGAUUGAGAUUGAUGUGCAAUAUAUUGGAUUGAAUUUCAGGGAUAUUCUGAUCGCCAUGGGCCUUGUUGGGAACAAAACCGAAAUUGGCUUAGAGGGGAGUGGGACUAUCCGUCGUGUCGGAUGCAAUGUUACUGAUCUCAAACCCGGGGACAAGGUGAUGGCAUUUUAUCCCGGCAUGCUGCAAUCCCGAAUCACUUCACACCCUGAUCGGUGCUGCAAAAUCCCAGAUGGCCUUUCCCUUGAAGAAGCUGCUACCAUGACAACUGUCUAUCUCACAGCCAUCUACUCGUUGAUCGAACUUGGCUCACUGAAGAAAGGACAGACCGUUCUCAUUCACUCGGCAUGUGGUGGUGUCGGUAUCGCGUCCAUACAGAUAUGCAAGAUGAUAGGUGCAGAGGUAUUUACGACAGUUGGGACGGAAGAAAAAGUUCAAUUCCUGAUGAGCGAGUUUGGCAUCCCCCGAAAUCGAAUCUUCAACUCCAGAAGCAAAGAAUUCUUGACAGAUAUUUUGCGCGAGACAAAUGGUCGCGGAGUCGAUAUUGUCCUCAACUCUCUGGCCGGUGAUCUACUUCAUGCAUCAUGGGAAUGCGUCGCUCCUCGCGGGAAGAUGUUCGAGCUUGGCAAAAGAGAUUUCUUGACAAAUGGGACACUCAGCAUGGCUCCGUUCGGUAAGAACAGGUCAUUUUUCGGGGUCGACCUUCUGUCCCUGGCUCUCGAGUGUCCCGAAGUACUGCAGGAAGUCUUUUCAAAAACUAUGCUAUUGAACCGUGAAGCGAAAGUUCAGCCGAUUCGACCUGUGACUAAAUUUUCAGCCGAUCGAAUUCAGGAAGCCUUCAGAUACAUGCAGCAGGGUGUCCAUAUGGGCAAGGUUUUGAUCGAAAUGCCAAAUUACUCUGACGAUCUAUCCUUCGUGCGCGAUGAGCUCAAGCUUGAGUUCUCAUCGCAGAGGUCUUACCUUUUGGUGGGAGGACUAGGAGGACUCGGACGCGCUAUCUCGACUUGGAUGAUUGAGAAUGGUGCUCGCCAGUUGGUCUAUCUCUCACGCUCCGCUGGAAAUUCUGAAGAAGAUAAAGUGUUCUUGACGGAUCUUGAAAUGCAAGGUUGCGAGGCAAUAUGUGUGUCUGGCGAUGUGUCGCAGCUCGAUGACGUCCAAAGGGCCGUGGCAAAGUGUACGAGGCCACUAGCAGGGGUUAUCCAAAUGUCGAUGAAUCUCAAUGAUCGGACCUUCAGCAAGAUGACCUUUGACGAAUGGGCUCUUUCGCUGUCCCCGAAAGUCGAGGGAACAUUCAAUCUGCAUGACGCUGUUCAGGGAAUCGAUCUGGACUUCUUCGUUGUUCUGAGUUCACUCUGCGGAGCCUGUGGCAAUAUAGGACAAGCCAACUAUGCCGCUGCCAAUACCUUCCUUGACGCAUUCACUGCCUUUCGCCGAGAGCUAGGGUUGCCAUGUUCGGCACUUGCCCUUGGGCCAGUUGAAGAUGUUGGUCUUGUCAGCCGCAACCCUAAAAUCCUUCAAAGUGUUCGAGCAGGUGCUUCACGCCUGCUCAGUGAAGGCGAGGUAAUCGAGGGCAUGGAACUUGCCAUUCGUCAAUCCCGGGCAGAAUUCUCCAGUCCUAUCAUUGUGGGACUGAACAACACAAAGCCCACCUCACACCCCGAUGUACGAACCCCUUGGGGUCGCGACAUACGAUAUGGUCUGUACUACAAUCUCGAAUCGAAGCUCAACACGCGAACGGAAGCUUCGAGCGACCGUUUGAAAGGGCUUCUUCUCAAGAUAGAGCAUGAUCCAUCUCUUCUAGAUGAGGUCGACACUCAGAACUUCAUCCGCAGGGAGCUCGGAAAACUCAUUACUCAACACAUGACGAACGCGGAGGAUUUGGACGAUGAGCAAACUGCCAAGAUUGUCGUUGACUCGCUCAUGUCGAUUGAAAUUCGAGGUUGGGCGCGUCGCAAUUUGGGUUUAGAGAUUAGCUUGGCAGAAAUCACGAAGGCCGGCACUGUAGGCAACCUUGGAACUGUGGUGAUCGAGCAUCUACGUGCCAAGUACUGCGAGUGA